CCUACAUACAUGUACACACGCACAUAGUCCACUACACCACAGACGUACCGGAAAAGCAUCAACCAAGUCCAAAAACCAGGUGAUCCUGACUUCAACUAGCCACGUUUCGCCUUCCAGUUUCGACGAACAGCUCUGACAACGCCACACAUAUAUUUAAGUCGUCGUCGCCUACCAGAAACGACCAAACCAAGCUCGAGAGAUAACUGCUGGCCUUGCUGGAAACCACGUCUUACCAUAAUGUCUUCACAACUGCUGAUAUGUUCCGUCUUCGUUCUUUUCACUUUUGGCCCUAAUUCGUUCCCAUCGUGCCUCGCGCAGGAGCAAGCGGGAAACAGUGAUGCCACUCAGUUAUCAGCAGACGCGAAAGCACCGGAGUCUGCAAAGGACAAGAGCGGUGACGUGCAAAAUGAUGGGACUAAAUCAGUCAGAAGUAAACGAGAUCUCGAGAUAGACUUUGGCAGUGGGGAUGUCCAAAAGCGAGCGCGUGAGUUUGUCGGGAAACGAGCAGCCCCGCCCGUAUUCCAGACGCCCCUUGUCCAAGACAAAAUUUCAGGGUUCAUACCUAGCGAAACGGAGAGCCCUGUUAUUGGAGAAUUCGCUUUUCCCGGAAGUGUUUUCAUGGACGACGAGGAACCUCUGGGGGCGGAGGAAGAACCGAUGGACGACGAAGAUUUAGAGUUUUAUAAACGGCCAAGACAGUUUGUUGGGAAAAGGGGCAUCGACGACUAUCUACUUCAAGAGAAAUUAAAAGACUUUAUUGAGAAACGGCCAAGACAGUUUGUAGGAAAGCGACCACGUCAGUUUGUAGGGAAAAGACCGAGACAGUUUGUGGGUAAAAGACCGAGACAGUUUGUGGGUAAAAGACCGAGACAGUUUGUAGGUAAAAGACCUCGGCAAUUUGUGGGGAAAAGACCUCGGCAAUUUGUGGGGAAAAGACCUCGGCAAUUUGUAGGAAAGCGACCUCGCCAGUUCGUUGGGAAACGGCCGAGGCAAUUUGUUGGUAAACGAGAAGCGGACCCUUCUUUUCUCUUCGAGGACAAACGAGUUCGUGACUUUGUGGGGAAACGGUCGUUAGAUUUCCUGGGAGGCGCAAACUGGUACAACCCUUAUGACGUCACCAUGGAGCCUCAAAGUGAGGGCUCUGAUCUUCAGGGAUUUUCAAAACGACCUCGACAAUUUGUGGGCAAAAGAGACGCUUUCGACAUGUUUGAAUUCUCGAAGCGCCCACGACAGUUUGUAGGAAAAAGAGACCAAGAUGAAAUGUUCGAUUUUUCCAAAAGGCCGCGUCAGUUUGUCGGUAAAAGGGAUUUGCAAGAAUUCUUUGAUCUGUCGAAACGUCCCCGGCAGUUCGUAGGAAAACGAGAAUUUGAUGACGAAAUAGAUUUUUCAAAACGACCUCGUCAAUUUGUAGGGAAAAGAGAAAACGACGAUGAUUUCGACCUUUCAAAAAGGCCCCGUCAGUUUGUAGGAAAAAGAGAAAACGACGAUGAAUUCGACCUUUCAAAAAGGCCUCGUCAGUUUGUAGGAAAAAGAGAAAACGACGAUGAACUCGAGUUUUCAAAACGGCCUCGUCAAUUUGUUGGGAAAAGAGAAGACGACGAAAUCGACUUUUCCAAAAGGCCUCGACAAUUUGUUGGAAAAAGAGAAAACGACGGCGAAAUCGACUUUUCCAAAAGGCCUCGACAAUUUGUAGGAAAAAGAGAAAACGACGAUGAAAUCGAUUUUUCAAAACGACCUCGUCAAUUUGUUGGGAAAAGAGAAGACGGCGAAAUCGACUUUUCCAAAAGGCCUCGUCAGUUCGUCGGGAAAAGAGAAAACGACGAUGAUCUCGACUUUUCAAAAAGGCCACGUCAAUUUGUUGGGAAGAGAGAAGUCGACGACGAAAUCGAUUUUUCAAAGCGACCGCGUCAGUUCGUUGGUAAAAGAGAAAACGACGAUGAUCUCGACUUUUCAAAAAGGCCACGUCAAUUUGUUGGGAAAAGAGAAAACGACGAUGAUCUCGAAUUUUCAAAACGGCCUCGACAGUUUGUCGGGAAAAGGGAAAACGACCCCCUUCUUGACUUUUCAAAACGGCCUCGUCAAUUCGUUGGGAAGAGAGAAAACGACGAUGAUCUCGACUUUUCAAAACGACCACGUCAGUUCGUAGGGAAAAGGGAAAACGACCCCCUUAUUGACUUUUCAAAACGGCCUCGUCAGUUUGUUGGGAAAAGAGAAAGCGAUGGUGAUUUCGAACUUUCUAAACGCCCACGGCAAUUCGUUGGGAAAAGAGACUUGGACGGCCCUGGACUUUCUAAACGUCCUCGGCAGUUCGUCGGAAAAAGGGAGGACUAUGAUAUAGAUUUUGCCAAACGUCCCCGCCAAUUUGUUGGGAAAAGGGGGAAUGAAGAUGAAUUUGAUAUGUCUAAAAGACCACGACAAUUUGUAGGAAAGCGCAAUUUCGAGGAGCUUGACCAAGACUUUCUGAGACACAUGCAUGACAUCCUCGACAAACGCAUCCCCCAAUUUGUCAGUUUACCAUCACUGACAGCGGCGAAAAGAGUUCGUGAAUUCGUCGGCAAGAGAAGCGAUGCCGCUUUCCUUGAAACCUUGCGACAUCUUCGGGAUUAUGUAGGUGGGCAAGAUGAACAAAACGUUAGUGAGUUUUCCUAUCAGCAUCCUUACCCCAGCGAUUUGAACGACGUCGGAUUAAUACAGCAGAAACGAAUUCGAGAAUUUGUUGGAAAGCGUGGAGGAGAUGUAGAUGACAUAAACACAACUAACAGACUUGGAGAUUUUGUAAGCAAACGAAUGUCCUUUGUUGAAGAACAAAAUCUUUGUCGGCAAUUAAACGCCUUCGGGAUUUCAUAGGGAGAUGAUAGGACAGCCUGGCUGUUUAUCAAGCACUGCUGUCUAUCUGGCUGGAUCUCUUCCCACACUCACAGGAAAUCUAGAUCGCCAAAGUGACGUCAGCAAGCUCUAACUUUCAGCUCCAAACUCAGGGGGGACCCAAUUCGUGGACAGUUACAACAGAGUAUUUGUGUGGCCAGUGCCUGUGUUGGAAUUAUACGUUUCCUGAACUUCAAGACGAUUGAAACACCUGUUCAAAGUUAUGUUUGAAAGAUAUAGAUGUAUACUGCAAUUUGGAAUGAAAGUAGAGGAUGACGCUUUUGUUGAAAUUCUAAACUCGAAUGUUUACGAGGUUCUCAGGCCAUCUGUCCCCAGCAAACGUGUCGUGUUGUGGCUGUCGACAAGAAAUAAAGGAAUAAAGAUUCGAGUCCCCCGACCAGUGUACCUGCCUGAAUGUGUCAGGCGUCAUCACGUGCCUGCCUUGUUGAUAAAUCUAAUAAAUAAUC